ACUUACUUGCCAAUUUUGACAGUUCAGAAUGUGGCGAAACUUGGCGUAUGGGUCGCAGCAGGCGGCGGAGGCGGCGCCUGCCGUGGUCCCCAUCAAGUCGGUGAAGGAGACUGUAGUAUCUCAAGUCGACGCGUCGUCUGUGCCCAAGAAUGACGGCGCCAAGGUCUAUAAGAUCCUCGAGUUCCUUCGCAAAGUCCCCAUGCACAUGCCUGUAUCUGUGACCGAUAUUUUCAAGCACACAGGCGUCGACCUCACUAUGGACGACCAAGUGGAGCAACGCCUCAAGAACAACCCAAAAGUUCGACUGAAAGGAGACCAGUAUGCGUACCAGGCCAAAUAUGACAUCAAGAACCGCAUGCAGCUGCUUAAAAUCCUUGAUCGAAUUCCCGAGGGAAUGCCUAUUGAAGACUUGAUCGAUUGCUACGUCAACGUGGAGGACGACUUGAAGGAACUGACGCGUACGGGAGAGAUCAUUUGUCUGAAGAAUGCGGACAAGGGUGCGGAGGUGUAUUAUUCACGCGUAGUCCCCUUCCUGGUGGAUCUCUCUGGAGUUGCUACGGUUGAAGCUGGCAGCUACUUGGCCCACUCCAGCCAAGACCUUACCGGCGAAGUCCGCCGAGGCGAUGCAUUCCGUAUUGGAGACAAUUGGUUUCGCGUUUCAGCUGCUGUCAAGAGCUCCAGCACAACCCGCCCAGCACCUUUUGCUGGUAUGGCGACGAAAAGUGUCUCGUCAACUCGUGACCCGAACGUGUCGAAGAAAAUCAAGUACAUGUUCAAGUUUGACAAGGACCACCUCCCUCUAGAUGUCCCUUUUCCGGACGCCAAGAGGAGAAAUGUUGCUAGCAGCGAUCGCUGGGAUCUUCUACCCAAACGUGGUCCCAAGUUUCAGAUGGUGAAGCACGGUAUGACAUUGCGUUGAUUUGGCUCCCCACCACGAACUAAUUGGUCUGAACUAUUGUUGCAGGCUGCACGAAUGAUAUCCGUCAGCUGUGGCGCGACACUCUGCGGACAUGGCCAUCGGAUCGUGCUGAGUUCGAGAAGAAGCUUGUCCAAGCUGGUCUGACUACGCAAGCAAAGGUCGAUGCAAGUCGUCGCCAGAUGAAGCGCCGUCUCAAGGAGGACAAGAAGAAGAACCGUCCUCGCAAGCAGCGCGAUAUUAAGAUUACCAACCACCAUCUUAUCGGCACGAAGCUCGGCGAGAUUUUGGCUAAGGGCAGCCAAGAGCAAUUCACGCUUGGUGCUGUUAAGUUUGAGAAAAAGUAGACGCCUUGUCUAAUGAAUGCAUGCAAAACCUCUUUUUACCAGCCAAAUCAAUGCAAUCUGCUUUGUUCUAACAACAAGAAUUUAU